CCGGUGGUAAGGAAAACUCCAAGCACUAAUAAAACUCUCUUUCUCUCCCUCUUAUCUCCACCGGCGCCGGAGAAAUUCUCCGAUCAACACUAUCUCCACUACUGCGACUGAGUUUAGGUUGAAGAUGGAGAGACGUGUGGCAAACGCCUUUCCUGGUCCUACACCACCAGUUCCGUACUACCAGAACAACUACAACCCUCAUCACCAUCAGAUUCAUCCACCGCCGCCGCAGCAACACCAUGUCGUUGCUGUUGGAUUUCACCAAUACCCCCAAAACGAAAACAGAGAUCAGCCUUUCCGUCAGCCGCAUUUUGAUAAUUAUUCCGGCCAACAACAGAACAUGAUCGUUGAUCAGAAUAAUAACGCUCCUCCGCCGUUUCCCUCUAGUCCUUGCGGUGGCAACUUACGGAAGAGACGGUCUCAAUCAGCUACAGAUACUGCUGAUGGUACUAUUGCCAAGUUAUAUGUUGCGCCGGUCUCAAAGACAGCAACUGAAUAUGAUAUCCGUCAGGUGUUUGAAAAAUAUGGUAAUGUCACUGAGAUCAUUCUACCCAAAGAUAAGAUGACCGGUGAUAGAGCAGCUUACUGUUUUGUUAAGUACAAAAAGUCAGAAGAGGGUAAUGCGGCUAUUACAGCUUUGACUGAACAGUUUACCUUUCCUGGGGAAAUGGUUCCUGUCAAGGUCCGAUUUGCUGACGCCGAACGGGAACGGAUUGGUAAGAGUUUUUCCACGGUACAACUUCCAGAUAACCCUAAACUAUAUGUUAGAUGCCUAAACAAACAAACUACAAAAAUGGAAGUCCAUGAGGUCUUCUCUAGGUACGGAGUCAUUGAAGAUAUUUAUAUGGCACUUGACGACAUGAAGAUUAGUCGUGGGUAUGCAUUUGUUCAGUUUUCUUGUAGGGAUAUGGCACUGGCGGCAAUUAAAGGUUUAAAUGGAGUCUUUACCAUGCGGGGUUCUGAUCAGCCUCUGACUGUUAGAUUUGCAGAUCCUAAAAAACCAAGGUCUACCUUUAAUACUCCGCUUGUAAUGCAAAAUUUCGACCCAAAUUGGCACCCACAACCAUAUCCCCAAUGGGAAAACAAGGAACCUGCACCCCCUAGAGUCGUUCCGCAUCAUGAUAUUGCUUCACAGCCAAAUCACUUUCCGUACCAAAAUACUCAAGCAGUAUCCGAGAUUCACAAACCACUGCAUCAAGAUAUUCCACCUCAAAAUAUUGAUAAGCAUCAGAAAUCUGAGACUGCCAGCGUGGAGACUAGAAGUGAUAGUCAGAAGAUUCCUAGUCAUUCAAAUUCAUUCCCUGAAGAUCAAAAUACAGUGAGCUUUGAGUGUGACUGGAGUGAACACACUUGUCCAGAUGGGAAUAAAUACUAUUUCCAUUGCGUCACAUGCGAAAGCACGUGGGAGAAACCGGAUGAGUACUCCAUGUUUGAGAGAUGGUUCGAAGAGCAAACAAGGCUACAAGAUAAAAAACAUGUAUCUCCCCAGUUAAACAAUGAGAGCCAUGAAGCAAUCGAAACGAGCGAGCAAGUACAGUCUGAUGCAUUACAACAGAAUACUGAGCUCCAACAACCAUCCAUAGCCUCAGCGGAUCAGGAGAACAAUUCAGUAUAUCCAGUAACAACACUGGCUGUUGAAACAACAUGUUCAUAAAAGGUGUCAGUUUAAAACCGACGGGGGAAGCUUUGUGUGAUGAUGCAGUGUUGUUAGGGGAGACUAAGAGAUGAGAGACGAGAAAGAAGGAGAUAUAUAUUUCAGUCAGGAACCAAAAAUCUUGUGAUUUUAGAAUGUAGACAGUAAAAACUGGUUCGGGAACUCAAAUUUUGCUAUAGAAACUUAGAAUUGGAGAGAAAAAUAAUCGAAAAUUUGAUUUUAUUUGGAAAAUAAAUAGAAACUUAUUUUCACCUGAUC